UUGAGCUCAACAAGCAGGAAUAUACAAGACAAGAAAUUUGGAUUUAUUAUUACCCAGUAAUAGUUAAUAUGAAAAAUGAGGCAAAUUUGAAUUUCAGUUGAACUAAGUAUCUGCUUUGGUGCUGAAAUGCAAUGGAGGGAAAAUCGCCUGCUCAUCAGCAGUCUCUCUCGUGGCCAGUUAUUCAAGUGUUUGCACCCUGCCUCGAUCAUCAAAGGAACUGGUAGUCAGUCACAUAGGAAACGUGGAAUUGUUCAUGCCUCUUUUUUCAGAAUAUCUUUUUCAGCCAUUUUCCAGACAAAAGCUGCUCUAUAUUAAAGCGGGAAUAAAGUGUAAUGUUCAGCAAUGGCGAGAAGAGGCUGUUCAGUGAGUUGGUCCCAGAGAAAGGGCAGCAGAAACCUUUCAAAGAAAACCAAGUAAAGAGUAUGUUGUCUGUUCCUUUGGACUUUUUGUUGGCCUUAUGUGGCAGCAUGAAAAAAGACUUGUUGUAUCUGAACUUUUUGCCAGGAUAAAGAGCUACAUAAAUGGUGUUUGUGUUAUCUCUUAAAUUGGCACCAAAAGCAAUGAAGGGCAAACCACAGGCUUCCUAAACUGUCCUCACUCCGUGGUGAAAUAGAGGUUCUAUUUGGUCACUUUGUGGUCACUGAUCCAUUCACCCUUAUGCAACGUCCAAGUGAAAGUUUGCUCAACAAUGCUAUAUCACUUAUGGUUAAAGAAAGAGGAAAGCAGAAGAGGGCCCUUACUGGAGUAAAAAUGUUUGGCUUUGGAAACUUUGACCUCUACGCUAUUGGAAUUCUUAGAAAGUUUUGUACAGUUGCAACAACAAAGCAUAAACUUAUUUCAGAGCAGCAGUGGAUGUCCAAAACUAAAGAUUGCACAGACUGAGAAAAGGAAGCAAUUAUGAAGGCAUUGUGGCAUCUGAAUCACAUCAGGCAAUAUUAAAAUUUCAGAGAAAGUCAAUCAACUCUCUGAACUUUGCUGAACUUGUAGAAGAGAGAUACCUUGAUAACUUUGUUAUUGACAUAUAAAUUGGAAAUUAUCUGGAAGAAACAAGGAGGGAAGUAACACAACAGUGUACUUACCUUCCAAAUUUUUUCACCUGGAUGACGUCAGACCUAAAAAGCCUCAAAUCAAGCCUUGAUCUAUUGCAGGUACUUUGCCCUUCAAGUGAAGCACUCGAAAUGAAUUUCUGGACUUCCACUCGGAACCUCACUUAGUUUGGAAUGCCAUCAGGAGUGUCCAUGAAUGCAUUCAGUUGGAAUUGGCAGUUGUUGAACAGCCAAGGGACAUUAAUCACAGAGGAGAGGAGGUACAGUUGGAUGGUGCCUCACCUUGUUGGGCUUCCAACUUUUACCAGGGAACUACCCCUUCAUGAAUACCUCAAGUCAACACCACCCCAAAUUGAACUCCCUUUACAAAUUUUCAGCUGGUUAAUAUUUCUGAGAGCUUCAAAAAAGUUCACAAAGAAUUACUUCUAUCAGUUUCUCUGUCUGCUUUCUGGCACAGUGUUGGUGUUCCACUACAAGAAAGUUCUCUCAAUAAUUGCAGAGAACAUGGAGAAGGAAUCAAUGAGAACCUCUUCCCUUCACACAACACCACAUUCCAACAGGCAAAGACAACCACAUUCCCUCCAUUACUCGGAUGGGGCAGUUUAUGGAGUUUGGCCUGGGCGAUCAUAUCAAGUUCUUCCAAGAAAGGCUGCCCUUAAAGUAAGGUUUAUGCAAGGGUGCAUUGAGGUUACAGAGGAAAAAAGUGAGACCUCAUUACUUCCAGCCUGCACUUGUUGUGCAACAGUGCAGGAUAAUCUGAAACAACAAAGAGAGUCGUUUAAAUGUGCAAAGAAGAAAUAUCUUGCCAGGAUUGCAUGA